UUUACAUUGUACAAAAGCCGGAGCUGCAAGAAAGUCUUACUGGCUUUCCUUACUCAUAAAUGAAAGCAAGGAUUUCAGCUGCAGGUCUGACUUCGGUAACGCAAAAUGACCGCAGAGCAGAAAAAUAACUUGAGGCAAUUUAAGCAAUAUAUAACAAGCAGUCUGUACCCUUCACAUGUUUUGGAUCAUAUGAGGGAAUGGAUUUCUAGAGAGGAUGUGGAACAAAUCAAGUCUGAGGAGAAAAGAGGAGUAACAGCAGGGGCAGAGAUGUUCUUUGAGUGUCUUUUAAAGCUUGAAGGUUCAGCUUGGUUUACUGGCUUUUUAGACGGCCUGCAUGCAUCAGGUUAUACCGGGCUUGAAGUUGCAAUAAAGGACUGGGAUUUUAGUAAAAUCGACUCUCUGGAAGACAACAGAAAGCUUUUGGAACGUAUAGCACCAUCACUUUCACAAAAUAUAAAACCUGAAGAAAUUGCAUUGUUCUUAAGAAAAGAUAAUUGCCUUCUGAAUGUGCAGAAUGAAGAAAUUUGUAAGAUAACUGAGCAACGGGGUAAUACAGCUGGUGCUCUCUAUCUGCUAGAUUGCCUGUUGAGGUCCGACAAAGAAAACUGGCCAACGAUAUUUAAGAUGGCCUUAGAAGAAACGAAUUGUCCUGUAGACACAAUUAAAUUAUGGAGCCAUGAGCCAGAAAAUGGGAAAUCAUCAUCUGAAGCUCCAGAAAAUGAAGAAAAUGAAUGUGGUAGCAUAGAGAUGUGCUUUCAGGAGGAUGGGGAAAGCAUGGAUAUGUCUGCAGCAGAUGGAGCCGUCAGUCGCCUGCCAGAUGAACCUCCAGGUAUGGAUGUAGAGCCACCUGUCCUUCACCUAAGAGAAUAUCAGAAGGAACUUGCCCAGCCUACGUUUGGUGGAGCAAACACAAUCAUAUGUGCACCGACAGGAUCUGGGAAAACCAUUGUGGCACUGGAAAUUACAGAGCGCCAUUUGAAACAAAAUUCAGGAAGUAAAAAAAUGGUUGUUUUCUUGACAACUAAGGUCCCUGUUUGUGAACAACAAUACCAGCUGUUUAAAAAGCAUUUUGAACCCAGUGGGUAUAACGUUGUUGGGCUUUAUGGAGAAACUGCAGAUGCAACCCCAAGAGGAAAACUCAUUGAAAAGAGUGAUAUAGUUGUGCUGACUGCUCAGAUUCUUGUGAAUUGCUUGGAUGAUGGUUCAAUUCCCUCACUAUCUGUGUUUACCUUGCUGAUAUUUGAUGAAUGCCAUAACACAGCCAGACGACAUCCUUAUAAUGUUAUGAUGUCACGCUAUCUUGACAUCAAACUGGGUCGAUGUGCAUCAACCCUUCCUCAGGUUGUUGGAUUGACUGCAUCUGUGGGAGUUGGAACUGCUAAGAAUGUCACUGAAGCAAUAUCCUAUAUCUGCCAUAUCUGUGCCAACUUGGAUGUGACAAUAAUAUCCACUGUUCAGAAGAAUGUAGCUGAACUGGAACACUUUAUAUACAGACCUAAAAAGUAUUUUGAACAAGUUCAUAAACGAGUAAAUGAUCACUUUAAGGAUGAUAUUUCUGAGAUUAUGGCAAAGGUUGAAGGAAUGGCAAGAAAGAUACAUCCCAUAGAUGAGUUAUCAAACAUUAAGAACCGAGAGCACGGGACGCAGAAGUAUGAGCAAUGGAUUGUAGAUGUCCAGAAGAGGUGUAGAACGCUACAACUGAAGGACAGGAAUGAAGAGAGUCGCCUCUGCAGGUCACUGUUUAGUUUAACUGAAGUCCUGCGAAAAUAUAACGAUGCAUUAAUCAUCAAUGAGGAUGCACGUACUAAAGAUGCUGUGGCAUACUUAGAAAAAUUUUUCAAUGAUAUCAAAAAUGCUGGAUUUGAUGCAUUAGAACAGCAACUAACAAAAAUGUUUGAAGAUAAGAAGCAGAAGCUGAAUAAAUGUGUGCAAGAGGAAGCAGAACAGAAUGAAAAUCCUAAACUAGAAAGUUUGACCUUUAUUUUGACAGAGGAGUAUAGAAUCAACCCACAAACACGAACACUCCUUUUUGUCAAGACACGAGCUUUGGCAAAUGCUUUGAAAACUUGGAUCGAAGAAACUGAAGUUCUCCAUUUCUUGAAGCCAGACAUAUUAAUAGGGCGUGGAAAGCGAGAUCAGAAAACAGGAAUGACAUUGCCAUCCCAGGAAAGUGUUCUCAAGACGUUUAAAGAGAAAGAUGACAUCAAUAUUCUCAUAGCAACAUCUGUCGCAGAUGAAGGCAUUGAUAUUGCUUCAUGUAACCUUGUUCUUCUAUAUGAAUACGUGGGAAAUGUCAUCAAAAUGAUUCAAGUUCGAGGUCGUGGAAGAGCACAGGGCAGCAAAUGCUACCUGAUAACUAGCAAGGUGGAACUGAUUGAAAAAGAAAGAAUCAACCUUCUCCACGAAGAACUAAUGAAUGAAGCCAUUCAAAAGUUACAGGAAAUGGAUCAGAAAAAGUUUCUUCAGAUGAUUCAUGAGGACCAACAAAAAGAAAAGGCAGCCCGGGAUUUUGAACAAGUAAAGCCACAAAAACAAUUACAGCAGGGCAGUAGGAUACUGCGGUGUGGAAAGUGUAAAGUAUUCGCAUGCAAUAUUGAUGACAUCAGGGUCAUAAAGGGGUCACACCAUGUUGUUAAAGAUGAAACAUUUCCAGAACGUUAUGAAACAAAACCUCAUGGAAAACCAGUUAGCUAUGAUGGCUUCUGCAAAAAAUCAAAACUGUUCUGCAAACAAUGUAUGCAUGAUUGGGGGAUAAUAGCAUCCUAUGCAACCUUGGACAACUUACCUGUGAUCAAAAUUGAGAGUUUUGUUGUUGAAAACUCCAGCAACAAGGAACAGAGGUGCUUUCGGAAAUGGAGGGAUGUUGAUUUUGCAAUGAAAGAGUUCUCUGUUGUGGAAAUGUCCAAAAACAAUGAAGAUCAUACAGGAGCAGAUGGCAUGAUAUGAUUGUCCCACUGCAGAAAUGGUGAGGGGAAACUUGUACAACAGGAAGAUGCAGCUUUGCUCUCAAAGGCUUUUUCAAAGGUGUUGUGUGCCUUCACAAAGGAUAACUGACAUUAUCUUACUAUAUGUCUGUGGACAUGUACCCUAAGCAUAUUUUCUUGAGUUAAACACACAAAAAGGCAUGCACACUUGUACCAAUAUAUGAGACUUGCUCAUUUUUUUUGCUUUUUGGUAAGCAAGUUAUAGUGUAAGAUUUUCUUGUGGCACUUUCAGAGAGUAGAAUGAAGAAAGAUUCUCUUUUUUUUGCUGAAAAUCAGGACUAGAACUCUCUAAAGGUUCAUAAGGACUUAUUAGGUCUUUGCUCAGUGUGGGUCUUUAAAAGCCAAACCAUACAUUCCAAUGAAGUUUUUACCCUUAUAUUUUAAGUACAAAUAACUCAAAGGUGAGCAGAACAUUUACAUGUUGCCCCUAUCCACAAGGGACAGGGGUGAAUUUGCAGUUUUCUGUCCAUUUGUUCAGAAUAUCUCUGAAUGGUGUAUCCACUUUUUAUAAGAAGAGCCAUAAAGUAAAAUCCUGUGAUAUAACAAGAUGUCUAUAAAUUACACCUUACUACUCUUGCAGAAGCCACUGCAAUAGCAUUUUUUGGCUUAUAAAAUUCUUAUCCUGCUACCAUAGCACCUCCAUAAUGAAAACCAAGGUACAGUUUUGGAACCAGUUGCUAUACUGUUGUUCAUAUCACGCACAUUGCAUGCCCCCAUUUUGGUAGUUUAGUAUUCAUACCUGUGAGGGUAUUCUGAGGUAGGUACUUCUUCUGUUGCCUCCAUUUACUUACCCAUGCUAAAUGGUUACUCUGCCCCUGCCAUGUCUCCACAUGUAAACCUGACAUCUCUGCAAUAUGAGUACACCCUUCCACCAUGUAAAACUUCAGGUGGUAUUUAAAUGAGCUACAGAAAUAGUUACUGCAUUAAUUGAUUAGGUACGCCACAAUAAGACAUGCACAUUAUGCUGUGAGCUUGCUUGGGGCUGGGACGUAGAAAGGGGUCUCUGAUUUUUUCUGCAUUUUAAAGCUACAUCUGUGUCUCUGAUACUAGACGGUGGUUGUGUUAUGCAAUAAACAUUAACUUGAAAGCUAAAACUGAAAUAAGAACACACAGAAUCCUAGCAGCGAACCCGUUUAAUUCAAACAAGGGCCUGAGAGGUGGAACAGGUGCAAAUGCAGACACAAGCUUCUGCUUUGAAUGAAGGUGAAGGAAUUGGGAUGAAGGUUCCUUGAAAUACAAGCACUCAAAUUAUAUAAGCUGUGGAAAAAAAGGGGGCAGGAGAAGAACCUAGGUGUGAGUUUUUUGAAGUUACUUUUACAAGAUGGGUGGGGUAUGUCUGAACACAUGAGCAUUUAAAGUACCUUUUCAAAGGAAGUUGGAGAGGGAUUACUCUAGUUUUAAGAAUUUAAAUUGCUUUUACAAGGGAGAGAGGAGGGUGGGGGUAUACAUGUCAUUCAUGUAUGGUAUCUUAUACACUAAGGGAGAGGAGGUUGGGGGUAUACAUGUCAUUUAUGGUAUGUACAUGAAGGGGAGAGCAGGGUGGGGUAUACAUGUAUGGUAUCAUGUACACAACAUUUUUCUAUGUAUUCUGGCUGCUCAGGAUGUGUGUUAGAAGCUCAUGUUAUGCUGUUUUGGACUCAAUAUUAUUUAUUUGUGCCUAAUGCAGCUUAUGCGAUAUGAUCAGCACUUUAAUGGAUCUGGGCCAUGUACUGUUUAGUGUUUUUUUAAUGGCAUAAGGGGAAAAAACACUAGGUUAGGUAAAGUAGUAAUGAUUGUUAUUGUACAAGGUUGCACUAACAUUACAGUAAAUAAAUUUAAGCAUGUCGACAAGUUGUGUAUAUUACUAUGUAAAUGAACAAGUUGCCAGCAGCCACAAAAGAUGAUAUGGUUGCAUACACUGAAGAUGUCUACUAUAUGCAGAUUUUCUCUGUUAGGAUACUGUAAAUGCGCCAGAUUUAAUGGAAUCUUGUUUGGUACCUAAUCUGCGCUUAUUUGAAAUUUUCAUUUCAGGUACAAAUCAGUGCAUGGCAAAAAUGAAGAGGUUUUUAUCAGCAUCUUAUUUUUUUAUAUUUUUGUUACCUUUGCACUUCAAAUAGUGAUGACAAGAGUUUUAAAUGUUCAAUAUUUAGGGCAUCUUUGAUAUGUAGUUUUGUUACUGAAGAAAUCGAUAUAUACAUUAUACAUGGUUUUAACUGGCACAUUUACGCAGUGUAUGACCUAGACAGCAUACUUGUUGAUAAUCUCACAUUUUUUUAUUUGUGCAAUCAACGGUGAUUAUAAUGACUUGCCUUCCUUUACAGCUGCUUUCAUCAGGUCUCAUGAUAACUGUAGUACUUUCAUUUGGUAAUUACAUACAAAGUCUGGAAAUUAAGAUUGAAUACAAAGAGCACCUUCAAAAAAGUACGACUUUUUUGGAGUUUGGUGUAAUGUCAGUUAAAUAUUAAAAUGUGGAUGUAUUACGCAAGAUGUAUUUAUAAAAUACUUGCCCUGAAAAGAUUCAGGGACUUCAGACUGGAGUUUCUACUUCUGUAAGUUUAGUUUGCUUAAUGAUGAAUUUGUGAUUUCAAGCACAUUUACAGUUCAAUUCUGUACCUUCCUUACGAGGACUUUCUUUUAUCUGGUUUGUAAAACUAAGCUUAUUUUUUGUAGUCUGGGAAGGAGGAAACAUCUUGAUACACAUACCAGUUCUUGAUCAUGGAAUAACCAAAUUCCUCAGAACACUCCUAUUAAAUGUUUUUCUACCUGUAAGAAGCUUGUGUGUUUCUGGGAAGAUGCUUCUCUGUUGCACAUUGUUUUUCUUUUAAUAUUCAUAUGUCUAUUGCAUACAGUACUCUCUGUUAGUUUUCUUUCCUCACAAACCUGCUUAUAUACAAGAGGAGUUUUGUAUAUAUCAUGCUAAAUAAACUUUUAAACAGUG